AAUGCUGCAGAUCAGACUCAUCCACUCAUCAUCACCGCGGUGCCAGCAGCAGAAGUUGCGUCCAUUUUCGUCUUUUGUGGAGCAGCACCAUUUCCAUCAUCACGUAUAAUCGAGUCCGAAUGUCUUUUGUCGCGAGUUGAAAUCUAUUUUUCCUGGGAUCGGAUUCUGAUUUCCUUACCUUUCUGUCCGAGGUGUGGAACCUGCUUGCGGAUGUGCCGUUUGAGCUGCUCGAGUUUCUGCAGGAAGUGAAAAAUAAAGGAUAACCUCUGGGUGGGGAGAAAAAAAAAUCUACGAAGCAAUUUAGUGCAAAUUUAAUAUGGUGGAGCAAUGAUCAUUGUUUGGUUGGCAAAAAAUUGCAUCUGAGGGUGCAGUGAAAUGCAAGCAUUGUGAUUGCCAAAUUUUUCAUAACUACGCGCACCGAUAGGAAGGAAUAAAAAAAUAUGGUUGAUGUAUUUUCGAUUGCGAAACAUUCUUACGUUUGAAGUUUUAUAAUCAGAACACAGAGCGUAGGAAAAAAAACUAAACAUUGAUUACGGAGUAAAGCAGAGUGACUAAAUCGGUAUUGUUGGAUGCUCGUCAAUUGGCCUCGCAGUGAUAAGCAAAGAAUUUAGUCAGCUCUGCAGUGUUCAUCUGUGGCCUGGAAAAAGUUUUGUAGAGUUAGUUAUUGUUGCCUUCUUCAGGGUCUAAAGAGGGUAUAACAUUAACAUGGAAGGAGAAUCGGAGAAACAACCGCUAUUGGGGAACCAGUCUUCCGCUCAAGCCGGGGCUACGCCUUCAGCCCCAUCGGUCGUGACGACAUCGUCCAUAGGACCGGACGAAGUUCCCCCAGCGUACCAGCAAAACCAGCAAGAACAGCACAGUGUGAUCGUAACUUGUCGUGUCUGUCAUGCCUUGAUUGAUAUCUCCUGGAAGAAAGAGCAGCACGUCGUCAAGUGUUCGAACUGCCAUGAGGCAACGCCCAUCCGGAAUGCUCCCCCGGGCAAAAAAUACGUUCGAUGUCCGUGCAAUUGUUUGCUAAUUUGCAAAAGCUCUUCCCAAAGGGUGGCCUGCCCGAGGCCAGACUGCAAGCGAAUCAUCAACCUGGCGCCGAGUCCGGUAACGCCACCGUUGCUGACGAUGCCUGGCAUGCGCCGUGUAGCUUGCGGUCACUGUCUGGAUACGUUUUUGUUCGACACGCUGAAAAACAAUCUAGCCCGGUGUCCCCACUGUCGCAAGGUUUCUUCGGUUGGUGCAGACUUUUGCCGUAAGCGGGCCAGCCUGCUGUUUCUGGGAGGUUUGAUCUUUUUGGCCAUAGGAAUCGGCGUUACCUAUGGCACGAUGUCAUAUGCUAAGGAUCACAGCGGCAUGUUCAUCGCCUACGUCAGCCUAUUUCUGAUUUCGUUGUUGCUGUUCGGUAACACCUUGUACUACAGUACGCUCAAGGUAAGUAGAAUUGAAGGAACCAUUUAAAAGGCUCGCGAGAACUUCGGAAUCGCCAUUUAGAGCCGCCAAAUUCGAGCAAGGAAAACUGUCGGCGGUUGGAGACACGCGUGGUUGAUUUCUUAUUCUGGGGGUCACUAACCGAACAGCAUAUAAAUGUGCAAGAUCUAAGCAUUAGUGUAUUGUAAAAAGCUACUACGUUCUACAACAGCUUUUACCUGAAAGCAACAACAGAUAAAAUUAAAAAAAAACAUUCCUUCUUAAGAGAAAAAAAAAACGACAACCAUCAUGGAUUCACAGGAAAAUAAAACCGAGCAUGUUGGUUGAAUUCUGCAGCGCAGGAACUAGAAAUGUCAAGUUCUGAAUGGACUUAACAGGACCGUUAUUUGAACGAAAUAUGUGAUUGAAAAGCGAACUAAACUUGAUCAAACAAAAGCCAUAUGCAAGAAAAAAUUGGAACAACUUGAAGUUACAGAAAAUGGGAUGAUGAUCCAUUGCUCGGUGCUCUGAGUAAUGUAAAUUUAGCAAACUAAGAUAUAAAGAAGCAAACCACUGAUAUACAUGCAUAUAUAGCUACUGAUUAUGAUUUACUCUGAAUAUUAUUUGUAUUUUUACAUUUUUUUUUACAAAUUGUCACUAUUGAAUCUGAGUUCCAAUUGCUUGUAUAAAAAUUGCUCGGAUAAAGUGGAUCGUAGUAAAGGUAAUUUGUUUUUGUUUGUGUUUAAAACAUUGUAUUCGUAGUAAUAGUUAUGUAUAAAAGAAGCAGAUUAUGAAAAAAAAAAACCGUGAUAAAUGGAACAGUUUUGCGUUGUUACACCGAAAACUGAGAAGGUGGGGUAGCGCAAAAAAUUAGCUAAACAUUAGUUGAAAGGCAUAACAUACACAUACUUACAUUUAAAAGCAGUUUAGAACGUUAAAAAAUCUUACAGAAAACAGUUAAUUCAAAAAGUUAAAUUCAUGUAAAAUACAUUCAUCACUUAUCCAACAUAUGGGUACAUCCAACAAUACAUAGAAAUUAACAAAUCCAACAAGAACAGUUUUACGGAAGCAAACAUUCAACUGAAUGGAUACCAUUAUUCUACUGAAAAAAAAACUCAAAAUAAACAGUUCGACUGAUCUUUCUAUCCGAAUCAUACAGAUUUAAAUAUUCAACAGUUGGUCAACACGCAGAAUCCGAAAUUGAUAUGAUUUUCUCCCAUUCUUAAAUAAAAAACGGAAACAUGUUAAACAUAAUGAAACUCUAAAAAUAUUCCCGAUUCUUUUUUUUUUUAAUCCAGAAUUUCAUUAAACUUUAUCCAGAAUUUUAAUAAAUUUAAUUAAAAUAGUUUAUAUUUAAAAAUGACUGCUAUUUACUGUUUAAGCUUUUUAGUUUAUAUUUCUUAAAAGCUAAGCCACAUGAAACUUUAAAAAAUCACCACCAUUUUGUUAUUUUGAGUGAUUUAAAAAAUUGAAAUUAUGAUUAUUUUCAUUAGACACUUCUCUCUGCAAGGAAAAAAAACAUAAAACUAAAAAGAUAUUACGACUUACGCCUAAAUCUAGGGGAAAGGUAUAAACUAAAUCAAAAUCCAGCAUAAAAAUAGUGCAUUACACACCUAACAACUUAUUGCUACUACUGAAAUGUUACUGACAACAUAGUGCUUUUAUAACACCAUGUUGGUACACGCCCACGAGGAAAAGGUGAAUCUUUUCUCGUUCCAUACCAAACAAUCCUUCCAAAUGUUCCCAAAUGUGCAUCUACCGGAAUUUCCUGUCUUUUUAAUUUAUGACCAAAAUUCAUAUCUGUAAGCCUUGUAUCAUCUUCUAUUGCUAAAAAAAAUCUGCUAUAUUAAUUAAGAUUUAGCCUACCUAUAAUGUAUAAUCAUCCCUCAGCCCUAAAAUCUCCCAAUCAAACCUAUUAUGAAAACUGGCAAGUAUGGAAGGAAUAAAUAAAGGAAACAUUUAGAUAAAUUUUAA